GUGGGUCCGCCCCUGGGUUCGUUGGUGAUCAAUUCGAACAUGAGAGAACGGGUUGAGUUCGAAAAUGAAAUUCGCCGAUUGGAAUAUGAUUUUUAGUGUGUGAUUGAGCUGAAAAAAUAAAGUAGCUCCUGACUUCCCAAUGGUGAGCUUUCUGGUUGAACCUCCUGUAAAAGAAAAUUCAGCUCAAUCAUACGUAAAGUUUUGCAAUUUCGAUCGUAUAUGCCUAAAGUUACGUCCCAAGUGGCUAAACUUGCAAAUUUUGAUACACUACGAUUAUAGCUUAAAUAAGUGGUCCCAAAAUCGACAUAACUGAACAAUGUAAGGAGGGAAAACAAAAAGGAAACCCUAAGAUUUAUUUUGUCCCAGCCACACUUCCCUCAGUUCGCAGAGGCUUUAUACCUUCAAACCCUCUCUGCAAUUCCGUCCCACAAAACUUUUCUACCCAGGUCAUGGCACUAGUUCAAUGCUUCAUAGAACUCUUGGGUUCACUAUUUAAUAAAAUAUGUAGAGGUGACGAGGAACUUGCUGAAAUGUUUGGACGUUUGCCUGAUUGUGUCGUCAUUGAUAUCCUGAGUAGACUUCCUAUUGAUUCCCUUGUUAGAUUUCGAAGGGAUUGUAGGGAUUUGAGAGCUUUGAUCUCAUCACAGUAUUUUACCACCUUACAUCUCAGUAGAGCUAGACCCAUGCUUCUUCUGCAUGAUUGUUAUGAUCCUACCAAGCAUAAGAAACGGCUUUAUGUGCUCAGUGAAAAUGUUGAUAAGAAGGAGACUUUAUCUCCAACCUGAGCUUAAGAUUAAUAAGCACCUAGGACUAGGAGAACGCUCCCCUUCUCCUAUAUACUCUUGUCAAGGAGUUCUUCUGUUUGCUAAUAAAUACUACUGGCCUCGUACCACUUAUUAUGUUUUGAACCCGAUAACUCAAGAGGAAGUAAUUGUACAACAUACACAUCACCCUGGCCGAUUAUGUGCUUUUUAUUUUUGUCGAGGAUUCAAACUUUUUUAUGCGCAAGUACGACGCAGUUGGUGUCAGUAUUUAGUAUAUAUAUUCAAGACACAGACGUGGAGGAAAGUCCGUUCAUCAUGCACUUUCAACUUUUUGCCGUAUCGUGGCUCUCCAGCAAUUGUUAAUGGAGCAUUGCAUUGGAUCGUGUACACUUAUUUAAAAAAGGACCUUCCUAAUUGUGCAAAUGGAAUCAUGGUUUUUAGAAUGGAUAAGGAAGAACUCUCUGCUAUGCCUCAUCCUGGAAGAGUGUGCAAGGCAAAGCAAGUGCAUGAAACGAUGAGACUCUUAGUAAAAGAAAACUGUUUGUCUUUCUGUCACUUGCUUGUCUCUGAGCUUGCAGUGUAUAUAUGGAUCUUGGAGGACUAUGAAAUGUGGGCAUGGAACAAAAGGUAUAAGGUUAAUAUCUGCAAUACGCGAUUCUUUCCUCUUGGUUUGCCUUACGGCGGAGUACCUAGAAACGUUUAUUGGUGGAUAAAGUUUUUCUAUAUCCAAGACGGUGAACUUGUAUUUUACUACAUGGAUAGUGUCUUUUCUUAUAAUUUAGAUCAUAAAACUGUGAAGGGAUUCAAACUGCCGCAAAUGUUAUUUGCUUUAGGGACUUAUAUAAAGAGCCUAGUGGCAAUAGCUUAACUCCCCUCACUUCUUUUGUUCUUAUUCUUUACCUUUCUAGUUUUGGUGUUCUAUCUAAUGAUGUUUUUAGUUGGGUUGUUGAUAUUCUAAAUAAACUAUGUUUAAGCAUGUAACCCUUAUAUAAAGAGCCUACUGACAAUAGCUUAACUCCCCUCGCUUCUUUGAUACUCCAUUAUUCUUUACCUUUCUAAUUUUGG